CAAUGAUGUGUCUCAAAGUAAUACCAUGAUCAACUGUGGAAUGUUUAGGUCUGAAACCAGCUUGGCCUUUGCACGUUUAUAAUUUUCUUUUGCUAUAAAUCUUUAAGUGACUCGGAGAAACACAAAUCAUGACGAGGCGGUCAAUCCAUAAAAGUAAGACAAAUUGAAAAAUUCAGGACAGAAGGUCUGCGAUGCUCUGAGGCUGAGUAGAAGCUGUAGAUUUGCCCCGAUCAUUGGCAAAGAAUGGAGUGGUUUUUGAAGUGCUUGGUGGUGGCCACAUUAGCAUUCCUUGUUUCCUCCGGGGCUGCAUACGCCUUUCGCUCGGACGAGCUGCAAGACGAUGAAGAAUGGGGUCUUGUCGGAGGCCAACAUAGGGAAGGCGAUUUCGUGGUUGCGCCUUCUAAACGUAAAUCUUCUAGCAGAACAGUACCUCAAGCCGAUAACAUCCCCGCGGACUCGCGCAUUCAGUUUCCUUUCCAACACGCCUUUGGUAACUCAGAUUUUACCCCCGCCGGCCAUUUCACCGCGCGCUCGAAGGCAUCUACUCACGGUGGCCAGACAUUAACCAAGGUUCGCAUUACAAGAAAUGCUUUAACUGAAAGUGAGCAGAAAGCAUUUGAAGAACUGUUGAAAGAGGAUGACUUUUACAGGAUAAGGGUACCAGCCAAUGUACUGACUCCUGGAGAAGAUUAUGUCCUUUCAUCUAUAAAAGCUAGAUGCCUGGCAAAAAGUAAUUUGGAGGAGCGCUUUAUUAUCCACAUGGAAGGGGUGAAUGUCAUAGCAGUUACAUAUGGGUCAGCUGGGGAAUGCCCACAUCCCCGACUGCUAAAAUUUCCGUCGCGUUGGUCAUUUAGUUCACAUAUAGUGUUAAAAAGCAGUGAGCAGGCCUCGAGGAUGCCUACAAUAACAGAGGAUUUACUAGUGAAUGAGGGUGGGGUUGAAGGUGAUGAUAUCCCCAAACCCCCGGAAAAGUCGUUUUGGGCGAAAUAUUGGAUGUACCUUGUCCCUUUGGGGCUCAUUGUCAUGAAUGCUGUAACCCAAGCAAUGAAUAUGCCAGAGGAACAGGCUGUGGGACAAGCAUCCGCAGGACAAUCUUCCUCACAAGGACCACAACGUAUAGCCAACUCUGGCGUUCGUAGAAGGUGAUUGAAUUACUGGAAAUAUAAUUCAUUAAGGGAACACAGUAUGAGAUUAUUACGCUCUUUAAGCUUGUAAACAUGCACAAUUGCUUCCAGCAAGAAGCAUGAGCAUCAUGUAUUGACUAGAUCAGGCUGAAGCUAAACCUUUGAUAUAAAAUGAGCAAAUUUUGACAGGGUUAGUUUAUUAGGAUGUCUGAUUAUUGGGUUUUUUCAACUGUUGAACUCCUUUUUGAUGAGAGGGUACUUAAUUCCACAUGCAAUUCUAAGUUCUACGAAGUAGAUUUGAACUUCAGUUACCCUUCAGUGAGCACACAUAUAAAUGCCAUACAGUAGUAGACAGGUUUCUGCAUAUUUAUUGCUCUUACAGUUUCAAGAUAUAUCAUCCACUCUUAAGCGUU